AUGGCUUUUUUUUAUAUUCAGGUGCGAAAGAUGGAUUCAGGGGAUGGCUCUGUUUCAAAGAGGAGGACUAGACAACAAUCUUUAAAAUGUAUGGUCGAGAUAAUUGAAAAGAGGAACGAGUUGAGUCAAAGUGGGAAUUCUACUAAUGGAAGGAAAAGAAAAAAGAUGGAGACUUCUGGAGUAUCUGCUGCUGAUGAUUCGUCAGAGGAGGAGACUGAUCCUGAUGAUGUUAUUGUUGAGGAGGAGGAGGAUAGUGAUCCUGAUAUUGUUAUCGUUGUGGAGGAGGUAGAGAUUGAACCUGAUGUUGUUAACAUUGCGGAGAAGGAAGAGGUGGAGACUGAACCUGAUGUUGUUAACGUUGCAGAGGAGGAUGAUGAGUUGGAGGAGGAUAAGGAUGAGGAGGAGGAGACUGAUCCCAAUGUUGUUAUUGUUGAGGAGGAGGAGAGUGAUCCUGAUGUUGUUAUGGAGGAGGAGGAGGAGGAGGUGGAGAGUGAUCCUGAUGUUGUUGAUGUUGCGGAGGAGGAGGUGGAGAGUGAUCCUGAUGUUAUUAAUGUUGCGGAGGAGGUGGUGGUGGAGACUGAACCUGAUGUUAUUAACAUUGCGGAGGAGGAGGAGGAUGAAGAAGAUGAGAGUGAUCCUGAUGUAGUUAUCGUUAUAGAGGAGGAGGAGGAGGAGGUGGAGAGUUAUCCUGAUGUUGUUAACGUUGCAGAUGAUGAUGAUGAUGAGGAGAAGAGUGAUCCUGAUGUUGUUAUCGUUACGGAAUAG